AUACAAUAGCAUAAACAGUAAUAGAAGUACAUAAAUAGAUGCUUCAUGAAAAUCCUUAAAAUAAUAGAGAUUUUACAAUCAUCUAACAACAAAUGCUUCGCUUAAGUGAUUAAUUCUGAAUGUUAUAUACUAGUUAGUCUUUUAAUGCCUCCAAAUAAAUGAAAACGCCAUUCGGUUAAUUUUGGAAAAACCAUUCGAAGCCUGAAAAACUUUAAUUUUUGACCACCUUAAAUUUUCAGCGAAGCUGGCAAUGCUUUACAAAACAUACAUCCCACAAAAAGUAAAGGUGGUAAAUAAUUGAUAGAGAUAAAGAGUGAUAUACGGAAAGUGGAGAAUAUCACCGCAUAGUUCGAACUAUUUAAAAUGUGGAAGAACCUUUAAAAAAUCUACGAAUAUAUUGUAAAACGCAAAAGGACUUAAUAAAUAAUAAGUGGAAAACAAAUUGUGAGUAAAAUUCGAUCAGAACGAUAUAGAGUUCCUGAGUUUAGGCAAACGUAUGUUAGUACUCCUAAUCGUCUUCUCUUCACUGUAUAGUGAAAAAUUAUCGAUAUGGUCGAAGAUUGUGUCAAAUUACUAAUUUUUUGUUUUACUAAGAAAAACAAAUUUUAAUUCUGUUGUAUUGAUUAAAUAUUGGUGCGUUGAUAUGAAAAAUUGGGAGAAUAUACAUAAAUAGGAAAAACGAGAAACCUUCAGCCAGGGUUGUAACUGAACCUAAGGGGUUUGACAAUUGUCGAUUAAGAAUUCGAUGCAGUUAUGUGCUGCAAAUCGUAGUACAUGUUUGUGGCAGAAAAAGUGAGAAUUAAACAAGUAGUGGAAAGGGAAUUAAUUAAACUCAACAUUUAUGAGAUUCAUACAUGUGAUAAUUUCCAGAAAGUCUUUACGCCCAUCUAAUUCCUAUUCAAACUGGGUUCAAAAAUAAUCAGUGAUAUAAUGUGUGCAAAGCCAAUUAUACUAUGCCUAUAAACAUACUGUGCAGUAGAUUGUUGGAUGUGAGUUUUCAUUUGAUGUCAAUUGUUUCUUCUAAUUAGAUUGUAACUUUUUUUCAUCGAGUGGUAUAAGAAUGACGUGAAAAAUUUUACUUUAGAAAAAUGUGCAAAUGUUUGGCUAAAAUAUUAUAUAAAAAUAUCAAAGUGAAACAAUACUUAGAAAUGCCUAGAAAUACUAUACGUAGCGACUCAGAAGCUUGCUCCAAUAAGAUCUUUAUGUCAUCCUAGGAAAAAUGAACGAACGAAUUUGCGGUUUAAAUGUAAAUCAUAAUUAUAAUCAAAAGAGGUCAAUUAAUUAAAACAACUACAUAAAUGCUUAACGAUAUUUGCAGUAGUUAUAUAAUAGUAUAAGGAAUUAGGUUUUGAUACAUCAACGAUAAAUUAUACGAAACGAAGAUGACGGUCGAUUUCAACGAUUAUUUUUGGGGGGAGAAGAACAAUGGGUUCGAUGUACUCUAUCACAAUAUGAAAUUUGGUUGGGUGGCGAGCAAAGAGCUUUCAGAGUUCUUUCGCGAAAAGUCCAAUAUUGAAGAACAGAACUCGAAAUUAAUGGCUAAGUUGGCGCACAAAGCCAGUACAGGUACACUGAACAGUACAUUUGCCCCCGUCUGGACUAUACUACGCACUUCAGCCGAGAAGCUAUCUACACUACAUCUGCAGAUGGUGCAAAAGCUUACGGAGCUUGUAAAGGAUGUCGCUAAGUAUGCCGAUGAAUUGCAUAAAAAACACAAAACCGUUAAGGAAGAAGAAUCACAUACCUUGGAAUGUGUGCAAGCGAUGCAGACAUCGACAGCUGCUGUUCAAAAGUUACGUGACCUUUACGCGAGCAAAGUGCUGGAACUGGAAAAGUUGCGCAAGGACAGUGCCUCACAGAAGGACAUCGAAAAGGUCGAAACAAAAUUGCGUAAAUUACAAGAUGAAUAUAAAGCGCUACUCGACAAACAUAAUCCGAUCAAAAAUGACUUCGAGCGGCGCAUGACACAGACGUGCAAGCGUUUUCAAGAGAUUGAAGAAGUCCAUUUGCGUCAAAUGAAAGAGUUCUUAUCCACAUUUUUGGAGAUGCUGCAAAAUAAUCAUGACAUGGUUGGACAGGUGCAUUCGGAUUUUAAGCGUCAAUUUAAUGAUAUGACUGUGGAUAAGCUUUUAGAGCAAUUUGUGCUAAACAAGUACACUGGCUUGGAGAAACCAGAAGUUCCCGAACUCGAAAUCAUUCCACUCUCUAUACAACAACAGCAGUCCGUCUCAGCUACACGCUUAAAUCAUCCAGGCGGUACUACUGUGGCUGCUUCCAAUUCCAAUUCAGCCACAAGUAUACAAGGUGCCAUAUCACGUAUUACUAGCGGUAGCAUAUCAAUGGAUCAACGUGGCAGUGUUGGUGUCGAUGCAGGUUCUUUAGGCAGUGGUGGUGGCGGUAUUGGUGCAGUAGGUGGUAGUGGCAGUGGCAGUAAUAGCCUACUAAACGCUGAUGACAACAUUUUGGGCAUACAGACAUCACCACGCGCAACAUCACCGAUUUUAUUGAAUAGCGCCGCUGAUGCUAUCUCAGGUAUUAGUAGCGUUAACACUGCACCAGCAGCUGUGGUAACAAGCACAUCGACGAACACUUCCACAGUGCGCAGCAAUUUCCUCAAUUGGUUUUCUUCAAGCAUUCCAAGCAGCAAGCAACAACCGGCAAAUUCAAACGCUGGAGCUACGGCUGCAACAACAACCGCUAAUAGCGGUGGUGGGAAUUUCGGUACGGAUAGCAUUGGUUCUACCCACACCGCCACAGCCAUCAUGAAAAAUUCCCUAAACUCAGAGCUUCAGUCACUGCAGGAUAAUAAUAAUCAAGUGUCUGGUAUUUUGCGUAGCCGUCGAGAUAAAGCGAAAACUAAAAAGUCUAAAAAGAAGAAGGAUGGCGAAGCGACAGAUAACAUACAAGAAGAGCAACAGGGAAGUGUGGACCGCGCCAACAACUCCUAUGAUACUGACGAUAUCAAUAGAAUGAAAACUCAAAAUUCCAGCGGCAGUAGUGCCGGUGGAUUAGGCUUGUCAUCCGCUUCUGCACCGGGCAGCGUGGACUCGUCGGGCGGUGGCGCCGGUGCUAUUGGCGUUAAUAUAUCGGAAAAUAUUGGAAGUAGCUCCGCAGGCAAUACUGUUAACGCAACCAACAAUGCGAAUAAGAAUAGCAACGCAUCUGGCAAUGGCACAGCCAGUGGUGGCACCAAAGCAUAUGGCGGUAAUGAGGUUGACGAGGAUGGAUACAGCAUGCAACCGCCAAAAGAAAUUGCCUGGGAGGAAAAUCACGAUAAAACUGGAAGUUUCUACUCUGAUUCCGACUCAGAUUCAGACAACGAUAAACCAGAAAGACGCAUACAUGUGAAGAUCAAGCCACUGAAUAAUGGACAAGCGCCAAUGUCCGCAAGUGUGGAUGAAUUGCGCGCUACUGUGGAGAAUAUAUCACUGUCGCCCACCAGCGUAUUUUCGACCUUUAAUCAACAACACAGCAAUCAGCAGUUGCAGCAAUCGCGCAUCGCUUCGCGUCAGCAAUCGCCUGAGAUAUCUAAUGCGUCCACACCAACCGCCACGGUGCAUCCAUAUGCACCACUACAAAGUCCUACACUCUCCAUGUCGAAUAACUCGAGAUACGCUGACUUAGGUGAUAUAUUUUCUGAGUUGGGCGAAGUAAGUGCCUCUGCGCCCGCUUCCGCCACUCUUUCAAAAUCAAAUAGCCGGCAAAUACCCACACCAACAUCCGCUAACAGUAUUGCAAUACCAAGGCCACCUUCACGUCGCUCCGAAAUGGUAAUGGUGCCUUCAGUAGCAGCAGCCCGUGGACGCAUUAGCCCAUCUCCAGCAAUGAAUCGCGCAGACAGUAUUGGCAGUUUAGAAUUUCGCACUGCUAUCGGUGGCAUAGGGUCAUCGCGUGGUCCAUCGCCGCUCACCAUUGGCAUUUCAGACUCGAUUCCAUUAGCGGUGGCUUUCCAUGAAAUUAUCCACGCAUACUUUAGGGGUAGCGAUGAAUCGCGCUGUCAGGUGAAAAUCUCUGGGGAUAUGAUGUUAUCCUUUCCAGCUGGGAUUGUAGGCCUUCUAGCGAAUAAUCCAAAUCCAGCGAAACUCGGCUUUCGUAUCAAGAAUGUUCAAAACUUGGAAAAUUUACUACCGAAUUCAAAAUUAGUGCAAAUCGAUCGUAAUCAAUCGAGCACCUUUAGUACAUUAUUGGAAUUUAAUAUGCCUGCAUUGACCGCAUUGUUACGCCACCAAGCCGAGCAUAAUCCCAACGCGUCAUACUUCAAUGUAGACAUAUUGAAAUACCAAGUGCGCUCUAAACCCGGUGCCUCAUCGUGUCCCUUCCAAUUGGUUUCUUAUUGGAAGUGUGAACCUACGUUUACGGCGCUCAAAAUCGAUUACAAGUACAAUAACCAUGCAAUGGCAAGCGCAUCACCGCUACUGAAUGUCACACUCUCGGUGCCAGUGAACGGUUUGGUUCGUAAUGUGCAGUCGAAACCACAUUCCGCGUGGCUAGGUGAAUCAAACCGUUUGGUUUGGAAUUUCACAGAUAUCUCGCAAAAUUCACAGGACGGCGGUGUCGGUACGCUCCGUGCUCGUCUUGAACUUAACGAUGGUCCAUCCAUUCCAGCCUUAUUGACCACACAAUUCAAUUGUGAGGGCACUACUUUAUCGGGUAUAGAGUUCGAACUGCAAGGCAGCGGAUAUCGACUGUCCUUGGUGAAGCGCCGUUUUGUUUCGGGAAAAUACGUAUGCGAAGGCGAUGGCGUCCGCAGUGGUGCCACACCAACACCACCGUCUGUGGGAUCGUCCAGUCCAUUUUCAGCGAAAUCGAAUUAGUUCCAAACUAUUGAAAAUACUAAAAAGAAACCAAUAAUAUUAGCAGUAGCAAAUGUGUUACAAAUACCACACAAAGUCCAAUAAAAUGUAAAUUUAAAUAUCAACAAUUAUUCAAGAAUAUAACGGCAAAACAUAUUCUUGUAAUUUAUAGUAUAUACAGCUAAAUCAACAUACAUACACAUUAAAACGCGCUGAAAGUUUCCUGCAUAUGUGCAAGUAGAAAAAUAGGCUCGUGAAUUAGUAAAAAUUUAUUAAUCAAAACUUGAAUCGAAGGCACGAAAAUGUCUUUAACACGUUAUUUAUAAGUUAUAUUGCAAAAUAAUGACUAAGGAAUUUAUUAAUAUGCUUUGCUAAUUGUGUGAAGUGCAUUUGAGUAUUUGAUGGACGAACGCAGGAACCCUACAGGGAAUUGUGGUGAAAUAUCGAAUCUAAAGAACAAAAAUUAGCCUUGCUUAUCUUUGUUGUUUUCUUUUUUUAUUAUGCACACAUUUGUGUAAGUUCAUUAUUACGGCUAUGCCUAAGUUUGUACCAAGUAUAUUGUGUCGAAAACAAAUGAAACCGGUUAUUGUAUUUGUAUUUGAUUUUCAAUAGUAUUCUAUUAAUAUUACAAAAUAUAAUAUAUAUAUGAGUUUAUUGCAUAUGUAACUGGAGAAAAUUGUACUUUUAUGUAUUGUAUUGUUAAAACCUUAGCA